AAUAUAUGUUUUCAUCACUAUCUACAAGUUACGAUGAUUUAUGGAAGGCCAUUAUAAGACCUCCAAGAGAUAACGAGUAUACAGAGUAAGAUUUAGGUAUCAUAAAUAUGUAUAUUUAGAUCUAAGUUAAUCAAAAAUAUAAGGAGUAUAGAUUAAGAGAAAAGACUUUUAAAUAAAAAAUAAGAGAGGACUAAAAUUGGAAUGCUCAUUUUUUGAGCCAGUUUAAAAACCAUGUGAACAAUUACCAUGUGUAAUAUACUUGCAUGGUAAUAGUAGUAACAGAUUAGAGUGUUUGCCUUCAUUAUUUGUUCUUCUUCCGGUAUUGUUAUAUAAAUAAAUAUAAUAGCAAUUUAUCUAAGUGUUUAGUUUUGAUUUUGCAGGUUGUGGUAAAUCUGAUGGUGAUUAUAUUUCACUUGGAUGGUAUGAAAGAGAUGAUGUUGAAGUUGUUGUUGAAUGGUUACGUUAAAGCAACAAAGUUUCUACUAUAGGAUUAUGGGGAAGAUCUAUGGGUGCCGUUACUGCCUUAAUGCAUGCAGAUAGAGAUCCUAGUAUUGCCGGUUUAGUUUUGGAUAGUGCAUUUUCAAAUUUAAAAUCAUUAGCAGAAGAAUUAGCUAAGUAAUAUGCUCAAAAGGUUCCAUCAUUUGCUAUAUCAGCUGGAUUGUCUAUGAUAAGAAAAACUAUUUAAUCCAAAGCUAAUUUUGAUAUUGAAAAUAUCAAUCCUCUUAAGAAUCAUGUUUCUAAGGCUUUCAUACCUGCAUUCUUUAUUGCUGCCGAAGAAGAUACUUUCGUUUUACCUCAUCAUACUAAAAAAUUAUAUGAAGCCUAUGCUGGUGAUAAAAAUAUUGUACUCCUUUUAUAAAAAUUUUAAAUAGUCUAUAGUCCCUGGUGACCAUAAUUCUAGGAGGCCUUCAUAUGUUAUGAAUUCUAUAGCCAUAUUCUUUUAUAAUACUCUAUAAGUUAAACAUUUAGUCCCUGAAUUUAAGGUAAAUUACUUUUCUAUUACAUACAGCCUAAUAUCUAGAAAUCUGAUAACCAUUAAUUUGAAGAUACCAAUUUCAUACAUAAAUACAAUAAUCAUGUUGGUAAUGCAAUUCAAGUUCAGGGAGCUUUGAAUGAUUUUGAUGACGAUGAAGAUUUAAGAAGAGCCAUUGAAGAAAGUCUAAAAAUAUCUAAUUCAGAACCUAAUCCAUAAAAUUAAUAAAACUCAUAAAAUAGACCAUAAGUUUAACCACAUAAACAACCUGAAGACUUAUUAAAAUUUUCAGAUGAUGAGAGUUUGCUUUGAAAACAUGAUUAA